AUGCUGGGGUUCUGGGGUAGAUGUGAGCUGGGGGCUCCUGGCUCUCAGAGCCCUCUUCCCCCUCUCAUCCUCACCUCCAUCUGUCCCCCACGAUUCGGGAAUGGGAGUGGGAAUGGGCUGGGUGCUCAGCCAGUCUUGACAGCCCAGAAUGGAUUUGGAUUUGGAGCAGGUUAUGGCCACAAAAAUGGACUUGGAGUCCAGCCAGGUCUAGAAGCGGGCAUGAAGCCUCAGGUGCCAGGCCUGGUAGCUCCAAAUGGCUAUGGACCAGGCUCUGUGGGGGUCAUGAAGCCCCAAACGCCAGGCCCCUCAGCCCAGAAUGGCUACAGAACAGGCACUGGAGAGGGCAUGAAACCUCAGAAGCCAGGUCCCCAACUCCAAGCCCACCCUUAUGCCCUGCUCUCCAUCCCAGGAUACACACCAGGGACCCAGCUGGGGCUCCUGUCAGGCCUGCGAGAGAGCUUGAAGGCUUGGAAGCCAGGAUAUGGCCAUGGAAAUGGGCUGCGGGCCCAGCCAGUCUCCUGA